AUGAGUAACUCAACAACACCCCUGCUUGGCAAGGCCAAGGUCAGAGCCGAAGCCGAGGCACGCAAGCAUGAACGGGCCUGGUUUGAUUUGGGCUACCGCGGUGGAGGCGAGAGCGAAGGCCGACGCUACAGCGAGAAGGAGUGCUACGUGAAGGCCUUGGAGCUGGACCCCUCCAAUGCGACCGCCUGGCUUUACCUUGGAUUUCGCGGGAGGGGUGGCCGGGUGAAAAGGCAGGACUACUCCAAGAAAGACUGCUAUCUGAAGGCCUUGGAGCUGGACCCCUCCAAUGCGAGCGCCUGGUUUGGCCUUGGAGUUGUGGGGGGUGGCCGGGUGGGGGGGCAGGACUACUCCGAGAAAGCCUGCUAUCUGAAGGCCUUGGAGCUGGACCCCUCCUAUGCGAGCGCCUGGUUUGGCCUUGGAGUUGUGGGGGGUGGCCGGGUGGGGGGGCAGGACUACUCCGAGAAAGCCUGCUAUCUGAAGGCCUUGGAGCUGGACCCCUCCUAUGCGAGCGCCUGGUUUGGCCUUGGAGUUGUGGGGGGUGGCCGGGUGGGGGGGCAGGACUACUCCGAGAAAGCCUGCUAUCUGAAGGCCUUGGAGCUGGACCCCUCCUAUGCGAGCGCCUGGUAUAACCUUGGAGUUGAGGGGGGUGGCCGGGUGGGGGGGCGAUUUUACAGCAAGGACGAGUGCUAUGCGAAGUAUCGUGAACUUCAGAAGUGA